AUGGCCGGGCCGUACGCACCUCCGCCGGCUGCGCUGAUCGCCGCCUACGGCCACCCCACGCCGUGGCUGCCCCAGGGCGCGCACGCAUACAGCGGGCAGCCGCUGCUCCCGUUUCAGGCGGGGCCCCCAGCGCUGCCGUGGCCGGCCCAGGGCGCACCGGCCGGCACCGGGCUGCCGCUGCUGUCGUUCCAGGCGGGGCACCCCGGCAAGACCAGUCCGGCCGCGGCUCCUCUAUGGCAUCUGCCGCCGCCGGCCGCUGCAGCCCCACUAUGGCAUCUGCAGCCGCCAUCUUCCCCCGCAACCACCGACGCGCCCACCCACCCGCCACAGCCGACGCUGCAACCACCGGCGCCACCGCUGCCCAGCUCGGGGGCGUCCUCGCUGGCCGGACUUCCGAUCCAUCAGGUCCGGUUCCCGCCCUCCCCGUCGCCCCUACCAGCUUGGCCGGCUGGGUCUUCGCCAUCGCCGGUCUACACCACGGCUCCGGAGCAGCCGACCCCGUUUCCGCAGUUCGGCGGGCCAUCCGGCUCCGCGGGUCCCUACCCGGAGUACUCCGAUCAGGCGCCACCCGCCUCGCUGCUACGCACCUCCGAGUCAGCUCGACAUGGUGCUCCGACCCAGGCACCGCCGUGGUUCGCCAAGAUCGACUUCGCCACAUAUGACGGCACGGAGGACCCCCUCAACUGGCUCAACCAGUGCGACCAGUUCUUUCGCGGGCAGCGCACCCUCGCAUCGGAGCGUACCUGGCUCGCUUCUUACCACCUCCGCGGCGCGGCACAGACGUGGUAUUACGCUCUCGAGCAGGACGAGGGCGCCAUGCCCCCUUGGGAGCGCUUCCGCGAGCUCUGCCUCCUUAGCUUUGGACCUCCGGUUCGCGGGAGCCGCCUGGCGGAGCUCGGCCGCCUUCCCUUCACCUCUACGGUGCAGGACUUCACCGACCGCUUCCAGGCCCUGGCAUGCCAUGCGUCGAGCGUGACGGCGCGGCAGUGA